AGGAGCUGAGUCGGUCGUGCAGAGAAGCGGGUGGCGGUAUGUGCUGGGCGCCCCGGGGGACCUGAAGCGCGACAAACAAUCGGCGCGUUUGGGACUCACUCCUGCCGAGCCUUCGGCUUCCGCGCCGGCUGCAUCUACUUUUCGCCGAAGGGAAGAAGGCCACGCGGCCUAAGUGGCCGAGUCGGAACCAACCUGGUAGUUAGCGCGGCCGCCCCCAGGGGUUCCUGUAGCCGACGGCGUACAGCCCUCCUUCUAGCCUGGAAAAAAUGACAGAUCUCGUAGCUGUUUGGGAUGUUGCUUUAAGUGAUGGAAUCCACAAGAUUGAAUUUGAACAUGGGACCACAUCAGGCAAACGCGUGGUAUAUGUAGAUGGGAAGGAAGAGAUAAGAAAAGAAUGGAUGUUUAAAUUAGUGGGCAAAGAAACCUUCUGUGUUGGAGCUGCAAAGACAAAAGCAACCAUAAACAUAGAUGCUGUCAGUGGUUUUGCUUAUGAAUAUACCCUUGAAAUUAAUGGGAAAAGUCUCAAAAAGUAUAUGGAGAGCAGAUCAAAAAUCACCAAUACUUGGGUAGUACAUUUGGAUGGUGAGGACUUGAGAGUUGUGUUGGAAAAGGACACUAUGGAUGUGUGGUGCAAUGGUAAAAAACUGGAGACAGCAGGUGAGUUUGUAGAUGAUGGAACUGAAACUCACUUCAGUAUCGGGAACCAUGACUGUUAUAUAAAGGCUGUCAGUAGUGGGAAGCGGAAAGAAGGGAUCAUUCAUACUCUCAUUGUGGAUGAUAGAGAAAUCCUGGAGAUUCUUCAGUGACUUCAUGUUAAUGAAUUUUAAUCUCAAGAAGUAAAGAUUAGGACUUUUAAAUUACUGUGGUAAUUAAAUGUAUUCAAUAUGUACUUGUCAGUACAUUUAGUCUGUGCUGUUUUUACUUUUUAGUUACUUGAAACUGUAAUACUCCCAGGGUAAGAGAAAAAAGUAAUUAUGUACAAUCAUUAAAAUUACAAUUUAUUUUGUAAAUAAUGUAAAAUGUUUAAAAGCCAAACAGAAAAUAAGAUAUGGACCAAAAUCACUGACAUUUAACAAGAGGAAACUUUACUGUAAUAAACACUGUAAAAUGAAAUUGGUAUUGCUUGAUUCAUGUUUCUAAAAACUGUUAGUCUUCAUAUAUUUUUUUACCUGUGCAGAUGGGUUGUUUCUCCAGUUUAAAGAAGUUGGUACAUAAUGAUGUGAUGGUUUAAUAGGUGAAAAUGAGAAACUUUCUAUAUGAAAACAUAUUAAGGAAACGUCAAACCGUGUCACAUAAGACUUUAAUAAAAAAUGUAGGU